CAUGGAUGUCACUGAAUACCUCUAUUUGGAUGAGAUGUCGGCAGCAUACAAGCGCCCGGUGCUGCAGUCCGACAUAGCGGGGUUCCUCAAGCCGUAUUCACUCCUGAUGUGGAUGCUCGUUCUUGUGGCUACAGCAGGUGUUUUUGUGGCUAUCUGUUUGGUGCACCUGGCUUACAACAGGGUGACGCAAAACCAUUCCGGCGAAGACAGGAGUUUCCUCCAAGCCUCUGAUUUAGUACAGGAAUCUGCUGCAUGGACCCUGUCUGCUCUCCUCGCCCAGUCGGUGGCCCGUCCUCUCCGCGGCGGCGACUCCGUCCGCCUCGUGACCGGCGUGUGGCUCCUGGCCUCGCUCAUCGUCGCCACCGUGUACCGCUCCAACCUGAAGGCGAUGCUGAUCCUGCCGAAGCUGGUGCUUCCCUUUAACAGCCUGGAGGAGCUGGUCGAGACGGACCUCCCCGUCUGGAUCCGCAUGGGGUCGAACGCGCACGAGGCCAUUGUGAACGCCGACGCAAACACCACCUUGGGCAAACUCCGGAAGCAGAUGUAUCACGGACACCGCUUCGAAGCCGUGACUCGACUCGACUCCGGAGAGCACGUCCUGGCUGUGCCUCUCUCGUCGCUCCAGCAAAUGCUUCAUAACUCUUUUUCUAGGACCGGCAAGUGUAUCACCUACAUCAUGUCCGGAGGCUUCAUGCAGACAACCACCUUGAGCUUCGUUAUCCGAAAGGGAUCUCCGCUCAAGCAACAGAUGGAUCCUAUCAUCCGACGCCUGCGCGAAUCCGGCCUCCUGGACUACGCUUACCACCGUGCCAUUGCCAAUAGCACGGAGUGUCUGAGGGAAAUACGUGUAAAUCCUUCAGAUAACAGCAGGGUGCUUGUCUUGGGCGAUUUCUAUGGUAUAUUCCUUGUGUAUGCAACAGGAAUAGCCAUCGCAUCCCUGACCUUCCUUGCUGAGGUUCUCGUCCACCUCUUCAAGUGAGCCGAUCCUGUUCCCUAGGCCUUGCGAGUGACCCUUCGAAACCGACCUUACAAAAGAUCCCCGCGGACGUUCUCGUGCUGUGGUCUCCCUUACAACGAGCUUCUGUAGUUCAUGUUUCCUUUUAUCAGUUGUAGGACACGAAUUCACGAUAGACAAGUGGAGAUAAGGGAAGGUGGCUUGUUACCUUUCUCCUUUGUCUAGGUCUAGGUUAUCACUACAAUAUCACUGCAUGUAAUCUAAUCAAUAAAUGCAUACGGCA